CUCUUGUUGUUGCUUGUUGCUUUUAGUUAGUGCUUUGUUGCCGAUCAUCGCUUGCUGGACCUACCACUGCGCACCACACCACACCACACCACACCACACAGCCUGGAUCAACACAUACGACACACAAGCAAGCAAACAAGCAAGCAAGCAAGCAAGCAUGGCUCACCGUGGAGUUGAGGGUGCCUUUGGCGACCUGGCCGAGCGCCGCGCUCGCGUGGACAGCAAGUAUGACAAGGAGCUGGAGAAGAUCCACAUUGCCUUUAUUGAGGCCAACACAGGCGAGAAAAUGACAGGCACCUUCCAGGAGUGGCUCAAGUCCGGGGUCGUCCUGUGCAACUUGAUCAACGCCCUGCAGCCGGGAUCUGUGAAGAAAAUUCACCCUGGAUCUAUGGCAUUCAAGCAGAUGGAGAACAUCUCCAACUUUCUGACGGCGCUGCCGGCCUAUGGCGUGCGCCCCGAAGACGUGUUCCGCACCUCUGAUCUCUACGAGGGCGUCGACAUGACAGCGGUUCAACUCUGCCUCGAGAACGUGCGCCGCGUAGCAGACAUGAAGAAGAAGGGCGUCAAGGUUGAGGCGCAGGCCCCGCAGCGAAACCCGGUGUCGCUUCCAAAAGGCAGCGCCAAGCUCGGUGAAGUGAAGGCCCCCGCCAGCAGCGGCAGCGGGCCAAAGUAUGCUGAAGCGAAGACGGACGACGCGGCGUACGGCGAUCUGGCAGAGCGAAUGGCGCGCUUGAAGUCAAAGUACAACCCGGAGGUGGAGAAGGAGGUGCGGGCGUGGAUUGAGAAGAAGACCGGGGAGAAAGUGGAGGGUGACUUCCAGGCCGCCUUGCGUGAUGGUGUCAUCCUGUGCAAGCUGGCAAAUGCCAUCAAGCCUGGUGCGGUUGCCAAGAUCAACCAGUCCUCCAUGGCCUUCAAGCAGAUGGAGAACAUCAGCAACUUUAUUGAGUUUGCGCGCGGCGCCGGAAUCAGCUCGAGCGAUCUCUUCCAAACGGUCGCCCUGUACGAGGGAGAGAACAUGACACAGGUCCUCUUGACCCUCGACAACCUCAAGCGCAAGCACCCCUGAACAUAUCCACCCGCACUCGUUUGCUCCAUUGCCUUUGCAUGCUGGUCUGGUUGCUUGCGUCCUUGUUUGAGUGCUUGUGGCUGCGCACGCGCGUGCAUACGCAAAAUGGCGUGUCUCGAAGGACAGCCAGCCAGUAAACCUCGUCUUUUUGUG